CAAAUCCAGAAUUUUGAAAAAGGCAAGGGAUCCCAGAUUCCCAAAUCCCCAACGGUCUAAAAUUGUUGAAAGCACUCAAAAGCUGGAGAUAGAGCCGUACAGUUCUCUGCUUUUUCGCAGCGCCUCCCAUCUGUUUGUUUUUUUUCCUCUGAGACAGAGGCAGACCAAAACACACACAAAUUGAGGGAGAGAAGAGUUUUCAAAGAGGACCCUUUUAUACUCCCAUAAUAACAAAACCCAUAUUAGACAACAUAUUCGGUUCGUGUGUGAAGCUUUUUUUCUUGACGAGACGCCAAGAUCAACAUUUUUUUUUCAUCUCUGGUGCUAAAUUUCAAUACCCAUCUGGUACAAUCAUUGAAUCGUUGCAUAGAUUUCACUAAGACGUUGGACUAAAAAAUAUUCGUGUUGAUAUAUAGGAAUUUUAGUAUAUUGUCAAAAUGUUUGGGUUUAUGAAAUCACCUGUGAACAAGGUUUUUAGGCAGAAAUCAGUGGAGCCUGGAUUUCCGGCUUCUUCUAGUUCUAAUCCUUUUGAUUCAGAUACUGAAUCUGAUGCCACUCAUACUAAACCUGCAAAACGAACCUCUUCCGAACCUAUGUUAAUAACCCCAAAUUUUAAUACCAACCCUUUUGAUGAUGAUGAUGAUGGGAGAAGAGGGGCUUCUUCAUCAUCAUCCUCAUAUUCUGGAUCUGCAGCAGCAAAAGACAGAUACAGAAAUGAUUUCCAUGACUCAGGAGGAUUACAGAACCAGAGUGUACAGGAUCUGGAGAAUUAUGCUGUGUACAAAGCUGAAGAGACAACAAAGACAACUAACAAUUGCCUGAAGCUUGCAGAGGAAAUAAGGGAGGAUGCUACUAAGACCCUUGAUAUGUUGCAUCAUCAGGGUGAGCAAAUCACAAGAACACACCAGAUGGCUGCUGAUACGGAUAAGGAUCUGAGUCGGGGAGAGAAGCUUUUAAAUAACCUUGGUGGCAUGUUCUCUAAGACUUGGAAGCCAAAGAAGACCAGGGAGAUUACAGGGCCUAUAAUUACAGCAGAUAAUUUAUCCAAAAGAAGUGUAAACCACUCAGAGCAGAGGGAAAAGUUGGGUUUAGCUCAUGUACCCAAAGGACGGUCAGCUUCUCGAACAACUCCUCCUGAACCAACAAACGCCUUGCAGAAAGUUGAGGUGGAGAAGGCAAAGCAAGAUGAUGCCCUUUCGGAUCUAAGUAAUAUCUUGGGUGAUUUGAAGAGUAUGGCAGCUGACAUGGGAGGCGAGCUUGACAGGCAAAAUAAAUCUCUUAAUCAUCUUGAUGAUGACGUGGAUGAGCUGAACCACCGAGUGAAAGGUGCCAACCAACGUACACGCCGUUUGCUUGGGAAGUGAUGGUUGAUAGUGGUUCAAUCACCCAGCUUGUUCUUUCAACUUUUCUACUGUCAUAUUUUUGUUUUUCCCCCUUCUGGUUAAUGUUGUCCUUAUUGAUAUUUCUAGUUUUCUUCCCAUUUGUAUUCAAGCAAUUAUGAGUUUUUUUAUUUUUUAUUUUUUAUUUUUUACCACAAUGUUACUUUUCUUUGUCAAUUCCUUUGAAUCUUGGUGCCCCCAAUGCCUAGAAGAAUUAAUACAAUUUACAUAUGAUGUCAUGGCUA